AAAAAUAUGCGUAAGCCCGGAAUCGAACCGGGAGCCCAACGAUGGCAACGUUGAAUUUUACCAUUAAACCACUUACGCAAUCCCCUGGUUGAUUCAAAUUACAAAACUACUUAUAAUACUCUUUUGCUUUGCUGCUACUGUGGCUGUAGCACUGAAUUAGGUUGUUUUUUGAAGACUAAUCGCGAAAUCGGAUGGCAAACUUCUUUUAGUAUCUACGUCUUUUGCACCAUCAACACCAACAUCAGCACUAUCAACAUCUCUAUCUUUCAGUUGUUCUGCUCAAGAAAAGCAAACCAACACUUUUCAUCAAUUUUAUUUGGUCAGGUCUUCUGUUUUACCAACACAGUUUUACUUUCUUAUUGCAAUGUCAUCCUCAAUUAUUCUUCAAGCUAGGCAAUUAGUUAUUGAUAAAAACUAUAACGAUGCUGAACUUUUAUAUCAUAAUAUUUUAUACAGCGAUGGUAAUAAUGAAAAUAAGCUUUCAAAUGACUAUUCUAUUCAAGAAAAAGAGGAAUCUAUUUUAGAUUUGGGCCAUCUUUAUAAAUUAACCUCAAAUUCUGAAAAAUUGCACUCUUUAAUUUUAAAAUCAACUGAAGUUUUAUCAAUUAUUGCAAAAUCAAAGAUUUCAAAGAUUAUUAGACAAUUAAUUGAUUUAUUUAAUUUUAUUCCCGAUUCAAUUGAUACUCAAAUUCUCUCUUUGAAGGAGGCGAUCAGUUGGGCUUCAAAAGAAAAAAGAUCCUUUUUAACUCAAUCUUUGCAACUAAAAUUAGCUCAAUUAUAUUAUAAAAAAUUUUAUUUUAAUGAUGCUUUAAAUUUAACUAAUUCAUUAUCUUCUCAUUUAAGAAAACUUGAUGAUAAAAACACUUUAAUUGAGGUUCAAUUAUUGCAAUCAAAAAUUUACUAUAAUUUAAAAAAUUUUUCAAAAUCUAAAGCCUCAUUAACAAGCGCAAGAACUUCUGCUAAUUCAAUUUACUGUUCGUCUAAAUUACAAGCUGAUUUGGAUUGCAUGAGCGGAAUUUUACAUUGUCAGGAUAAUGAUUUUGAAACUGCUUUUUCUUAUUUUUAUGAGGCUUUUGAAAAUUUGAAUUCUUUAAAUUGGUCUAAAGAAUCUGAAUCUCAAAUUAUUAAAAUUUUAAAAUAUAUUUUACUAACUAAAAUCAUGUUAAAUAAAAAUGACGAUAUUAUUCAAAUUUUAUCAAAUAAAUUAAUAACUUCUUCAAAAUCAAUUCAAAAUAAUUUAAAACAAUUUGAUGCUAUUAAAAAGAUCUCUAUAGCAUAUAACCAAAAAUCGUUAGAAAAUUUUCAAAAAAUUCUAAAUGAUAAUUCAAACGAAUUUUCAAAUGACUAUUUAAUUAAAUCAAAUUUUAAAACUUUAUAUCAUCAGUUAUUAGAACAAAAUUUAUUAAAAAUCAUCAAGCCGUAUUCUUGUAUUGAAAUUUCUUAUAUUUCAAGAUUAAUUAAAUUGGAUGAAACUUUUAUCGAAAGCAAAUUAUCUCAAAUGAUUCUAGACAAUGUCUUUUAUGGUGUUUUAGAUCAAGGAAAUGGUUGGUUAUAUAUUUAUGAUGAAAAUAAAAUUGAUAAAAAUUACGGUUCUGCUUUACAAUUGAUAAAAGAAAUGAGCAAAUCUGUCAACUUGUUAUAUGAAAAGGCUACAGUAUUAAAUUAAUUGUAUUUAAUAAUUUCCACCGGUUAGUUUCUAUUUUUUUUAUUUUUUUUUAGAU